AUGUCUCGUUGGGGCCGUAAGGAAGUGAAGAAAACUCCUGAGGUGAUCAGGACAGUAACGGAGGGGCUAAAGUCUCUGUACCGUCAGAAGCUCCUCCCCCUGGAGCAGUUCUAUGGUUUCCAGGACUUCCACUCCCCCUCUCUGGAGGACGCAGACUUCGACAACAAGCCCAUGGUGCUGGUGGUGGGCCAGUACUCCACUGGCAAGACGACCUUCAUCAAGUAAGAUAAUAUAUACAGCGAGGUUUAUGUACAGUGAGGUUUAGAUACAGUGAGGUUUAGAUACAGUGAGGUUUACAUAUAGUAAGGUUUAUAUGCAGUGCCUUCAGAAAGUAUACACACCCUUUGACUUUCUACACAUUUAGUUGUGUUACAGCCUGAAUUUAAAAUGGAUUAAAUUGAGAUUUUUUUUGCACUGGCCUACACACAAUACCCCAUAAUGUUGAAGUGGAAUUAUGUUUGUAGAAUGUUUUUUAAAUGAAUAAAAAUUGAGAAGUAGAAAGCAUGCAUCCUUCCUCAGUUAUUAACUCAGUUAUUAAUUACACCCAGUCACUACAAAGAUACAGGCGUCCUUCCUAAGUCAGUUAUUAAUUACACCCAGUCACUACAAAGAUACAGGCGUCCUUCCUAAGUCAGUUGUUAAUUACACCCAGUCACUACAAAGAUACAGGCGUCCUUCCUAAGUCAGUUAUUAAUUACACCCAGUCACUACAAAGAUACAGGCGUCCUUCCUAAGUCAGUUAUUAAUUACACCCAGUCACUACAAAGAUACAGGCGUCCUUCCUAAGUCAGUUAUUAAUUACACCCAGUCACUACAAAGAUACAGGCGUCCUUCCUAAGUCAGUUGUUAAUUACACCCAGUCACUACAAAGAUACAGGCGUCCUUCCUAACUCAGUUGCCGGAGAGGAAGGAAACCUAUCAGGGAUUUCACCAUGAGGCCAAUGGUGACUUUAAAACAGUUACAGAGUUUAAUGAUAGGAGAAAACUGAAGAUGGAUCAACAACAUUGUAGUUACUCCACAAUAUUAACCUAAUUGACAGAGUGAAAAGAAGGAAGCCUGUACAGAACAAAAAUAUUCCAAAACAUGCAUCCUGUUCGCAAUAAGGCCCUAAAGUAAAACUGCAAAAAAUGUAGCAAAGAAAUUAACUUUAUGUCCUGAAUACAAAGCGUUAUGUUUGGGGCAAAUCCAACACAACACAUCACUGAGUACCACUCUUCAUAUUUUCAAGCAUGGUGGUGGCAGCAUCAUGUUAUGGGUAUGCUUAUCAUCGAUAAGGACUAGGGAGUUUUUAGGAUAAAAAGAAAAGGAACAGAGCUAAGCCCAGCAAAGUCCUAGAGGAAAACCUGGUUCAGUCUGCUUUCCACCAGACACUGGGAGACAGUCACCUUUCAUCAGGACAAUAACCUAAAACACAAGGCCAAAUAUACACUGGAGUUACCAAGACGACAUUGAAUGUUCCUGAGUGGCCUAGUUACAGUUUUGACUUAAAUCAGCUUGAAAAUGGCUGUCUAGUAACAAGAUAUUUCUGUAUUUCAUCUUCAAUCAAUUUGAAAAAAUUUAUAAAAACAUUAUGGGGUAUUGUGUGUAGAUGGGUGAGAAAGAAAAUCUAUUUAAUCCAUUUUGAAUUCAGGCUGUAACACAACAACAUGUGGAACACGUCAAGGGGUGUGAAUACUUUGUGAAGGCACUAUACAGGUUAACCUGUAGUCCAUGGUGCUUGUUGUGGGACAGUACUCCGCUGGCAACACUACCGUCAUCAAGUAAGACCUUUUACAGAUUAUACGGUAGGUAGGGACAGGAGUUGCUCCUGAACUACUCCAGACCAACUUUUAGAAAUUAUAGGAAGGGCCUGAUCACAUGACCUGUCUCGGAAGGACCUCUGUGUCCUAUAACGGACUCUAACUACCUGGGCCCUUCAUGUUGUACUGCAAAACAUUCAGUUUGUUGCCAUGAUUUACCGCUAAUAUUUUGAUGAACAUUUGCUCUACCAUUGCUCAUUUGCUGACCUGGUGACCUGUUGCUGUGUGUAUACCAGGUAUCUGUUGGAGCAGGAUAUCCCAGGAAGCAGGAUCGGGCCAGAGCCCACCACCGACUGUUUCACAGCCAUCAUGCACGGUGAGGUGGAGGGGGUGAUCCCAGGCAACGCUCUCAUCGUUGACCCCAACAAACCCUUUCGCAAGCUCAACCCCUUCGGAAACACCUUCCUCAACAGGUGAGUACAGGAUGGAAUCCGGAAUGCAGGAUGUCGUGUUUUAGAAUGUUCUAGAAUGAGGGGGGGUGGGGGGAGGAGGGGUUGAAGGAGUGGGGAGAUAAGGAUGAAAAGCAUGUAAUGGAGAGAUUGAGUGAGAGGAAAGCAACUGAGACCCCCCCCCACCCCCCCACCUCCUCCAAUGGAAGGUGAGGAGAGCCACGAAGGGAGCGAUAACAGAAAAGAAGUGUGUCCGUUUUUUGCUCUAUGGAAUUUCAAGUGUCCGUGCCAAAUUUCAGAGCUGGGAGGGACUUGCCUUAUUUGUGGAAAAAUGGAGAAAGGGAGUGAUAUCUCUGCAGAGAGGGAGAGGGUGGGGAGAGGUAGGGUACUCAGACAUGAGCUGCUAUGUGCUCCAGUUCAAAGGCCGGGUCAGAGGGCUCCAGGGCCACAGCCAUGCAAGACUAACUAACAGAUGAUGUCAGAGACAUGGCAGGGCCAGGGGUAAAGCAGAGCAGACUGGCUGGGCUGAAUCACCCUGAGGUAUUUUCCACUGCUCGGGUGUGUUUAUCCUGUCGUCUGGGAUACACUCUUUUCAGGGGUUUCCCUCUAUUGAGGUAAGCUGUGGCAGCUAUGUUUGUUGUUACACUGAAGCCAUGUCAACUGUAGGAGUCUAACACUAGAAUUAUGGGCAGAACAGAUAAAGUAGAUGUAACCUUUAGGCAAAGAUCUGGGGCCAGCCUACACUCCCAAAUUCCUAACCAUAACCAUCAGGCCAGAUGAGUGUAGAUAACCAAAGCAGUGAUGAUGUUAUGAUGGAAAAACGGCAAAGUUCAAGAAGAAUGAUUAUAUUGCUCACUUAUAUAUAUUAUUUUUAUAUUGUAUAUGGUAUUAAUAUAUUAUAUAUCCCUCUAUGCUAUUUAUAUCAUCUAUUAUAUUAUUUUUUGAUCUAUAUAUUAUUCUAUAUUGUAUAUCUAUCUUAUAUAUAUACUAUCUUCUCUCAUAUCUAUAGAUCAUGUAUAUAUUAUAUCUCUGUAUUGUCUGUGUAUGUUGUCUAGUAUACUCUAUGCAUUCUGUCUCUUUCUCUAUCUGCUUUCUGUUCUCUAUCUUUCUCUCUCUUGUCUAUUCUAUCUUCUCUGUAUAUGUUCUCUGUUCUUUCUUCUAUAGUGUAGCGUAGUUGAUCAUAGUAGUAGGGUCAGUAUCUAAUAUAGUAGAUUUCUAUCUUGUAUAUCUCUGAAUAUAUAUACUUCUAUAUUAAUGUAUCGUUUCGGUACUAUCUCUGUAGUAUGUGGGUGUAGGGAUUCUAGAUAGGAGACGAGAGAGGAGAGGCUGUCGUAGCUGGGGUCUCUCUUCUCUAUUCCUCUUCUAUAUCUCUAUUUCUAUCUAUGUAUCUGCUCUGUCUAUACUGUCUAUACUCUACUCUGGGGAUGCUGUCGGUAGGAAUGAUAUAGUAGACUCUUAUAUUGUCUGUUGUCUAUGUAUCAGCUGAUAUGUCUGUAUAGGGCACGAGAGAAGAGUAGAGACUGACUGGUUCUUACUUUCGUAUUUAUAUCGUCUGAUCAUUAUUGUCUCUUAUUCUAUUAUCUCUCUCAUCUAUCUAAUCUCUCUAUCUAUCAUCUUGCUCUCUCUCUCUACUCUCUAUCUGUCUGUCUUCGUCUACUCUAUUUUACUAUCUAUCUAUCUAUCUAGUCUCUCUCUCUCUCGUGUCUCUGUUCUUUCUUCAUGUUGUCAUAUAUUUCAUUAUAUCUAUGUCUGUCUUCUCUCUAUCAUAUCUACUAUAUAUCUAUUCUAUGUGUCUCUGUUCUCUGUCUUGUCUCUCUGUCUGUUUGUAUGUAUCUGUGUCUCUCUGUCUCUGUCUCUCGUAUUAUGUCUAUUCUUGUCUUGUUCUGGUCUGGUUAGUCCUCUCUCUCUGUCUGAUUCUGUUUUCUAUCUCUUUCUUCUCUUCUCUCUUCUCUAUCUGUCUCUCGUCUCUUACUAUGUAUCUGUCUCUGUCUACUCUGUCUGCUCUUCUCUCUCACUCUCUCUCUCUCUACUCUCUCUCUCUCUCUCUCUCUCUCUCUCUCUCUCUCUCUCUCUCUCUCUAUCUCUCUCUUCUCUCGCUCUCUCUCUCUCUCUCUCUCUCUCCCUCUCCCUCUCCCUCUCCCUCGGUGGGGUGGUGUUGUUGCGUCGGUCCUUCCUGUCUGGUGAAGCCCUGGUCUCGUUAAAGCCAUCUGAAUCAGGAAAUAGCAGUGUUGUUGUUAGCGGCCGAUCAUUAGCGGGUCCUAUUGUUGUGGCUCUGGCCCUGCAGACCGUUUUCCUUCAGGAAGCCCAGAGCGAGCCCUGCUAUAACACAAUGGGUCCUGGGAAGGGAGGUGUCCGAUACAGUAGCACAAUGAGUCCAGCUCUCAACUCAUGGUAGUGACUGCCCAUUACUGCUUAUCACUUAUUAACCAUCAUGUAUUCACAUUACUUUACUUUAAUAAAACAUUUCAGUUUUUGAGUAUAUUACAUUUGUUUUAUUUGAUGACUUUAUUAUUUUUUAUUCCAAGUCAUCUCAUCUCUGAAGAGUUGCUGCCUAUGAUGUCUGACAAAAUCACUAUUUUAGUGGGUUUUUUCAAAGUAAAUAAGGCAGACUUUUAUGAUUGCUGAAUACCAACUAUCAGUCAGUUAGAUCAUGUAUUUUCAGGUAGAGAUCCCUCUUGAAGCAGCUGCUCUCUGUCCCUCUCCAUCGCUCAUUCUCUGUCUCUUCUCUCUGUCCCUCUCCAUCGCUCAUUCUCCUGCUUUCUUGUCCUCUCACCUCUUCCUGUCUUUCUUCGUCCUCUCAUCGUCAUUCUCCUGUCUCUUCUCUCUGUCCUCUCCAUCGCUCAUUCUCCUGUCUCUUCUCUCUGUCCCUCUCCAUCGCUCAUUCUCCUGUCUCUUCUCUCUGUCCCUCUCCAUCGCUCAUUCUCCUGUCUCUUCUCUCUGUCCCUCUCCAUCGCUCAUUCUCCUGUCUCUUCUCUCUGUCCCUCUCCAUCGCUCAUUCUCCUGUUCUUCUCUCUGUCCCUCUCCAUCGCUCAUUCUCCUGUCUCUUCUCUCUGUCCCUCUCCAUCGCUCAUUCUCCUGUCUCUUCUCCUGUCCCUCUCCAUCGCUCAUUUCCUGUCUCUUCUCUCUGUCCCUCUCCAUCGCUCAUUCUCCUGUCUCUUCUCUCUGUCCCUCUCCAUCGCUCAUUCUCCUGUCUCUUCUCUCUGUCCUUCCAUCGCUCAUUCUCCUGUUCUCUUCUCUCUGUCCUCUCCAUCGACUCAUUCUCCUGUCUCUUCUCUCUGUCCCUCUCCAUCGCUCAUUCUCCUGUCUCUUCUCUCUGUCCCUCUCCAUCGCUCAUAUCUCCUGUCUCUUCUCUCUGUCCCUCUCCAUCGCUUCAUUCUCCUGUCUCUUCUCUCUGUCCCUCUCCAUCGCUCAUUUCUCCUGUCUCUUCUCUCUGUCCCUCUCCAUCGCUCAUUCUCCUGUCUCUUCUCUCUGUCCCUCUCCAUCGCUCAUUCUCCUGUCUCUUCUCUCUGUCCCUCCUCCAUCGCUCAUUCUCCUGUCUCUUCUCUCUGUCCCCUCUCCAUCGCUCAUUCUCCUGUCUCUUCUCUCUGUCCCUCUCCAUCGCUCAUUCUCCUGUCUCUUCUCUCUGUCCCUCUCCAUCGCUCAUUCUCCUGUCUCUUCUCUCUGUCCCUCUCCAUCGCUCAUUCUCCUGUCUCUUCUCUCUGUCCCUCUCCAUCGCUCAUUCUCCUGGCUCUUUCUCUCUUGUCCCUUUCCAUCGACUCAUUUCCUGUCUCUUUCUACUCGUCCCUCUCCAUUCGUCAUUCUCCUGUCUCUUCUCUCUGUCCCUCUCCAUCGUCAUCUCCUGUCUCUUCUCAUCUGUCCCUCUCCAUCGCUCAUUCUCCUGUCUCUUCUCUCUGUCCCUCUCCAUCGCUCAUUCUCCUGUCUCUUCUCUCUGUCCCUCUCCAUCGCUCAUUCUCAUGUAUUCUUAUCUCUGUCCCUCUCCAUCGCUCAUUCUCCUGUCUCUUCUCUCUGUCCCUCUCCAUCGCUCAUUCUCCUGUCUUUCUCUCUGUCCCUCUCCAUCGCUAUUCUCCUGUCUCUUCUCUCUGUCCCUCUCCAUCGCUCAUUCUCCUGUCUCUUCUCUCUGUCCCUCUCCAUCGCUCAUUCUCCUGUCUCUUCUCUCUGUCCCUCUCCAUCGCUCAUUCUCCUGUCUCUUCUCUCUGUCCCUCUCCAUCGUUCAUUCUCCUGUCUCUUCUCUCUGUCCCUCUCCAUCGUUCAUUCUCCUGUCUCUUCUCUCUGUACAAGUAGGCGCACAAUGAAUUAUGGUCAUUGUAGUUAAUUACCACGUUUUCUGCGCUAAACUAUGUAGAGUAUUGACCUGUUGGAAACUACAACUCCUCACUACAUCUCACAGUUCAGGCUUGAUCUGAUUUAUCUCUAGAGAAACUGCGCAUUAAACUCAGAAUUGGGGGGGGGGGGGGGUUAAUUGCUCAGCACUUGGAGUGACCAUAACUGAUAACCAUGUUCCUACAUUAUUCCUACACAUUAGUUCCAUUGAUGUUAACUGAUGGAGCGGUGGACGGGUCUGGGGUGAACUGGGGGGCAUUUAGUGGAAUGUUAGAAAGUUGCCCUGACCUGAGGAGAUCCUGUAGGUAAACUAUAGAUGCUAGAUGUUCAUACCUCUAACUGUUCCAUGUUAUGUUAUUGUGUAAUGAGUGUUGUGCAUGUCCCGCCCACUUCUCUGCUGUUGCGUGAUAGGUUCCAGUGCGCCCAGCUGCCCAAUCAGGUCCUGGAGAGCAUCAGCGUCAUCGACACGCCGGGGAUCCUGUCGGGAGCGAAGCAGAGGGUGAGCCGAGGUGAGAAGAGGUGGAGUGGUGGAGGUAGGGUGGAGUGGACAGGACAAGGUGAGGAGAGGUGGAGGUAG